AUGUCAGGUUAUUCACUUAUGACCGUCAAUAUGAACGGGCAUACAAACGCACAGGAAAGAAGGAAACUGUUGUCGGAAAUAAUAAGAAGAGAAGGCAAAAAGUCGUCUUUGGUAUUCUGUCAAGAACUUCCAGGACGUUUCGAAAGGGACGUGGUCCCUGAUAACUAUGAUUUCGUUAGAACUGCCGGGAAACACGCGGCUGUAAUGUGGAGUAAACAACAUUUUCAUAGCAAGAAAGUGGAUGCAGGGUUCAAAACAAAGAUUUCUGACACACUGCCGCACACAAUGAACAUAAUUGGCGACGACAUCUUAAGCGAGAUACCUGCGCGAACUGCAGUCGUCAUGUUAACGGCUAUAAAAGAAUCUUGUAAUUUUUUAGCGGUCUCGUGGCACGGACCUCACUCAGGCUGGACACUGAAGAGAAAACAAAAAGCUUUGAAAGGCCUUAUUCUCUUUUUGUACGAGGUAUGCCGUAGGAUAGAAGAUGUAUCCUUAAUUAUUAUAGGAGGAGACUUCAACUUGAACACUCUAGCCGAGAAUGGCUUAGAAGAAUUGAAAGUGGACUUUCAACCUUAUGGGUUGAGUGAUCGGGCCACUGAGCGCUGGAAAGACCGUAAGAAUUACAUCCCCUACAAGGAUAAUUUUGCCAUUACAACUACUUCGACUUCUGAGGAUUUCCCUUUUGGAGCGAUGAAAUUGUGGGCAGUGGAGCCCCUUUCAGCGUUUGUGUAUGUGAAAGAGGAGGGAAGUGAGAAGGGAAAAGAUAUAUUGGAUCACGACCCUAUCGUAGGAUUUCUUCAGCUUGGGAAAACUCCGUCAACUGGUAAGUUUCUGGUAGUAGGCGAGAGCUUUACUUGGCUGGUACCAGCCAAGAUCUAUCUACUGAAAAUAAUUGUUACUUCUAAUUUCUGUGCUCCGUGAGAUUUCAAGGGAUUUCGCAGGAAGAAUAAAAAUACUGUAGUUCAUAUAAAUCAAAACAAAACGUAUCUGGAACCCGCAAUUGUGCUUGUUCAUGCAAUUAUGAAAUUUGUUCUCAAACAUGGCAAAAAAAAUGUCGUAAAAAAGCAUACGAUUCUCUUAAUUUAUUUUAUAUGAAUAAAACCCAACUCGUCAGCAAUGCUGCCUUCAUCAGGGAAAAAUGUUUCAAUCCGAUCCGUUACUUGUCUGAAUUAUAUAUUCUCAAAAUGCGCCCGUAAAAUAUGGCUUAUUAACAAAAUACGCAGAAGUGUAGAAUGAAUAACGAAAAUUGUUUUCAAAACAGUAACAACGUUGUUGUAUGAUCACGCCUUUAGUCAAACGAGUUUGCGUUAAAAAGUUUGCGACAGUUUGCUUUAGAAAGCGAAGGAUUCUUGUAGAUUGGAAACCGAUAGCAAGAGUUUGUCGAAGCGAGGUGCAAUAUGGAAUUUCCUUGGAAACACGUACAUUAGAGGGGUAAUGUGUACUUACAUUUACAAAGAUUGAGAUUGAUGCGAUACAGAAGAUAAAAGGGGGAUAACAUAUUUUCAGUGCCGUCUGAAUGUUGAAACUAAGUUGCCACUCGGUGUCUGAGAAUUGUGCUGUAGGGACAGAACGAAGUUUCCGUAACUUCGAGUUUUAUUUGAUUCAGUUAAACCUGUGUAAAUGUAUUUUGCCUGGGAACUAGCUGCUGUCCGUAUUAUCAUGGUGUCUUGACUAGCGAGGUGUCCGCAAGGCUGUGUUUAGCAGUAACUUCUGUUGUUAGAAAACUGAAAAACAAAAGAUUUACAGUGCGAAUCAAAAAACCGUGAAUACUUUGAUUUGAUUCUGACAGGUCGAUUGUGUAGCUGACUAUCAAUCACAAUAAAGUUCACGGAACGCUAGCAAACCUCAGAGCCGCAAAAUGAUUAUCGUUGUUGCUUGCAGCUUAGUUUCUCACGCCUCAUUGGGUUUUCCUUGCUGUGACAACAACAUUUCACAAAAAUUUCAAAAAAUUUGACUGGCUUGGUGUUCAACAAAUUUCCACCAACAAAAGGAAGCGCACUCUAGUGAUAAAUGCAACGAUUUGAGAAACACUGUGAUUAAAAAAUUUUGCCCAAAGACUUCUAAAUGUAAGGUGAUGCGAAGUUACCUCCUCCCACAACAGAAAAUAAUAAUAAUAAUAAUAAUAAUAAUAAUAAUAAUAAUAAUAAUAAUGAUAAUAAUAAUAAUAAUAUAAUUAUAGAGUAUACGUUUUCAAAAACUGCGUCUCGCAGUGAUAACAACUGUUUCGGGGAUUAACUCUUCAUUUUAGGACUAGAGGUACUUUUCUUCUGCAUGCAUUGGCAACGACCUAUCUUAGCCAACGCAGCACUCGUAUCAGUCAGCACAUUAUAUAAAGGUGCAUCUGUCUCGUCUCUAAGUGAAAUGUGUUUAUAUUCUUAUUUAAAGGUAGUCUCUAAUCUCUUUAAACGAGUUUCUUUCUAUUCACCAUGUUUAUUUCUUUACAGUGUUCAAUCAGGAGCCAGGAACCUCAAACCUUUUGGAGGCUGCAGUAGGAAACACGCCUUUCCCUACCUCCUUUCAGGCAUCCCAGGUAUUAACCACACUGACAACAUCCUGCCACUUUCUCUCGGCAUGGAUAGUGUAGUAGGAAACUUGGGGGAACAGUAAUCCUCUACAAUGAACUCAACUCUUUGUCUCUUUACACUGUUUAAUGUAGAUAACUUGUUGCUCAACUUUUCACAAUCAAGACUAGCAGUAUCUCUCUCUGACAGGACCUAGUUACAGCUCCUUUUAUCCUGACUGAAUCUGAAGGCUGCCAAUCUUACUCAAACUUAAAAUAAUCUUACAUCAGUAAAAAUUCGAUUGGCUAUAAGAAUUAUUAACAUAUUUUCCUUCGAGGUUGUGUCGUAAUAGGAAAAUCAGUUAAAACUCCAAAAUAAUUGUCCAGUCAAAACAAAACAGUCAGAGAGACACAAAAAUUACAAGGAAUGUUUACAUGAAUGAAAAUCACAUAUGUACAAUAUCGUUACUCUAAAAUGUACAAUUGUCAAUUCGCGUACAGUGCUUAAGUUGUCGUUUAAAAGCUUCUUGUUGGAAUAUCGUACAAUGGUAAUUAGUCCCGCCUUUUUCCAUAUAUUAACUAAAAGAUUGUUUACAAAUCCCUAGUCAAAAAUCAAUUAGCAAGAUAUUUACAUUGUGAAAGCCUUUAAACAAAGAUAUUACUCGUUACAACUUUUAGCAAGUAAAUUGAACUAGGCAGUAACAAAAGCUUGUUUGAUGAGUUAACUAAGAUAGUCUGUUGGACAAGGUUUUCUUUUGGAAUUGCACUGAAGUUUCGAUCAAACCACUAAAUACGCGAAAGAUAGUAAAAAUAGGAAUGUCCAGGAAAAGACAACUUGGUAAGGUCAAGCUUCUAAAGAUUUAGGAAAAACCAAUUAAGCCAAUUAAUGUAAGAUAACAAACAAAUGUCGUUAAAUUUACCAGAACUAAUUAGAUUAAGAACCUCUGUGUGGGCUCAGUUUUAAAAAAAAGCAUCAUUUCUUAAUUGAAUAGCGGCACGUGUGCAAAGAGAAACCGACGUCCAAAAGAGCAUCUUUACAGAGAAAGGCAAACCUUAUUAACAAAAGACAAAUAGCUUUUGUAAGCCCAGUACAUUCUAGUAGAACGUAUUUAUAUAACAAUUCAAAACACUCUACUUAGUGAUAAUAAUAAUUAAAAUAUUUUAAAAUAGCAAUGCUUGAUGAUUCAUUAACGUUCCUUAUUCGAUAAAGGUAUUUUCAUUUUGGUAUUAACUUAUACCCAAAAAUAUCGUUUUACAAUAGUAAUAUAAACAACGGCACUUUGUCCUACAUGGACUGGCCUUUGCUCAGUUUCCUUUACAUUUCUGCCACGACCACUAAAAGAAUAGACCCUAUUCACUUGUAUGCCUUAUUGUUCCAAUGAUUUGACGAUAGUAUUUUUCCCCUCAAUUUAUUUCAUAAAAUAAUAAGUUCAUGUACCAUAAGUUAGUACGUGGUGGAGGAAAAUGUUGUAAGAUUAAAUCCAAUUUAUAACAUUUACCAGAAACCACGAAGCAGGUUCCUCUCUUAACAAAUUGUGAAUUUUCUAAUUGAAGGGGUCGUCGACCGUCCUUCGUGAAAUUCCCCCCCAAAUGAUAAUUCGAGUCUUUAUCUACUAAUUUCUUUAAUUAUCAGAGAGGUUUAUUUUAAACAAUGAAAAUUUAAUAUAAACCUCAUCGUUUGAUGUUACAGUAAUUCACUGCAUCUUUUUUUCAGCUAUUCAUACCGACAACUCAAGCAAUAAUAAUGCCUCCGCCAACUCAAGCAACAUAUAACGUGCCUUCACAACCUCCAGGAACAUAUAACGGGCCUCCACCACCUCCAAGAACAUGUAACGGGCCUCCACCACGUUUAAGAACAUAUUACGGGCCUCCACCACCUCUAAGAACAUAUUACGGGCCUCCAGCACCUUUAAGAACAUAUUACGGGCCUCCACCACCUCCAAGAACAUAUUACGGGCCUCCACCACCUCUAAGAACAUAUUACGGGCCUCCAGCACCUUUAAGAACAUAUUACGGGCCUCCACCACCUCCAAGAACAUAUUACGGGCCUCCACCACCUCUAAGAACAUAUUACGGGCCUCCAGCACCUUUAAGAACAUAUUAUGGGCCUCCACCACCUCCAAGAACAUAUUACGGCCUCCACCACCUUUAAGAGGCCCUGACUGUAAAUAUCGAGAAUCCGCCGACAGUUGCAAAAUUUCAUGAUUUAUUUUAUUCUGCCUAAAAGACCCUAAACUAUUUUCAAAAAUGGAAAUAAAAAGUUCCUUCGCGCUUUGCUUUUUCCGAAAAAUCCAAAAGUUCAAAUUACGCCGAGGCGCCCCCGGCCCCCCGGAAAAACAAUGACAAAUUCUGCAACUUCGCUAACUCCGUACGCGACAACGCAUUGAAUUCCCAGUUUGCUAUUUUGGAUAUUGGUAAAAGGAACCUUUGUCUUUUAAAAAAUGUAAACUUCAUGUAAUUUUGUUUCGUCUAAGACAACAUAAAAACCCGUUGAAAUAACCCACCUUCAAUCUUUUGGGUUGAGGUGAAAUAAAGGCCAACUUUAAAGGCCUAUAAAAAUCCUAGUAUAUAAAUUUACGUGUCAUAUUGUACAUCAGGUGAAAGCUUUAUCCUUGUAGGUCAUUAUCUCCAACUGUCGUUUUUGGCCCACAAAAAUUAGCGCAUCCAGUUUGAAAAGAGUUCGAGCUAUUUUGGCCAAAAAUUCAAUGCAAAUUUCGGAGCGGAUGUCACGCGAGAGGUCACGGCCAAUCCUUCAGUUUGCAAAUAAUGUAUCUUUUUUCUCUUCUGAUUGAAAAUGUCAGCAAUGAGCACCUUUAAGUACUUCAAUGACCUUUCUUACAUUUAACGAUCAUACAAGUACGCCACAUAUCACUUUAAAAUAGAAUCUAGAUUGGCUUGCUAUUGCCAGCAGCUAGCGCAACUACACAUCAGGUUUUUUUUCUGUAUUUUAUUUAUUCACAUACACAGCGAAACUUGUUACAAAGUUGAAGAGAGUAGGGUAGACUUACUGUUGUUACUGUUGUUUUAGAAUAACGCGAUGUAAUCCCAGGAGCUCCCUAUCUUACUCAAUUUUUCACCGAAAACGUCAGCAAAACAAACUGACAAAACCAAUGAUCAAUGAAGAUAUGCGUCCUUGCAGUUCUUACUUACCGGAAUUCGUCCAUACUUUUUAAACUGCUGAUAUUAAUUGACAAUUGCUUACGCCUUUUUCUUGCCUGUGGAAGAAAAGAGAUGAAAAAAAAGAAACCAAUCAAGAGUAAAAGAAAAACCUACGACCUUAUUCAGCAAAAAACGUAUUCCAAAACGAAUGUCACGCAAAAGAGUUGCACAUUCUGACAACAUUAUCGUCUCGUUGUUGUAAGGUUCUUCCUUUUUUUCAACUUUUUCAGCAGGAUUUUUCGUUUCGAUCAUCCUUGUCACUUGAAAAACCGAAAUGCCCCGAAAUACAUAUUCAUGACAAAAGGAUAUUGAAGAUAAAAUUGUUUUGAUCACUGACAGGUAUUGGGGUUCGCGUAACUGAACUCAGAAUAGAGGCGUAGAAAGAAGGUAGCUUAGCGUACUUGGCCGUACCCUUCCCCCAGGGGAAAAAACGAAAAAGGCAGAGGGUACAGCUACACCUUGGCAAAGGGUAGGCUCAAGCGAGCUAUUCUCUUCGAGCGGUGAGCGAUGCGAGCAAGCAAAGAGCGCUAAACCGGAGCGACCGCAGCCCAGUCAUUUCGCGUUUCUCUUUCUGGUGCCCCUCGCCUCUCUCCCCUGCAGAGGCUCGCGCUUGGUAUUCCAGUAAUAAUAGCAAUAAUUUGAAAAAGAAAAGAAAAUGGUUAGAGUGUUUUAGGUUCGUCCAAUCGUCUCUCGCGUGCCUUUCUUGCCUCUAGGACACAAACAUGCUAAUGCGGAGGAGACAGGCGAGUGAGCACCAGAAAGAGACGCUAGAUCGCCGGGACGGGGUCGCCCUAGCCUGCCACUUACGCGCUCUGUCUCGGCUCGCGCGCGUUGCUCACCGCUCGAAGAGGAUAGCUUGCUCGAUGCUAUCCAAUUGAUAUUUAUUUUUUUUGUAUUCUAUUGCUUGGAAAUGAACAUCUGGGGGUGGGUAGAAAACGACCUCAUCAGCCCUAAGACCCAAAAACAAAAAUCAGCUCGAAACGGCUAUCCUGAUCGUAAGGAACAUCAAGAUCUUCAAUUAUCAAUGAAUCUGAUUAGUUUCUUCGUUUUCUUCAAAGCCCCACCCAAAGUAAAAACGGAAGACCCCCUCAAAAUCCCCUUCAAAUCGCUGGAAGCUCGCAUGAAAUGGCACUCUCAACCGAAGCAAAAGCAAAAUACAACAAGGUAUGCAAUUCUGAUUAACAAGACGAAUAGACACAAUUCACAUGUUGCCAAGGUCCCUGCCUACAUUCCCGUAAAAGGGGGGUGUAACAUGUAUCUUUGGAGCCUCUAUUCUCCCCAAUUUUAUCACCGUCUAUCUUUAUGUUAAAAAAGACCGUUUACAAUGGCACAAACACAAUUUAUAUGUUGUCACACAUAUAUCAAGUGCUUUUUAGAAGCGGGUGUUCGUUUUCUACUUUCGGUGUUUUUUUUUUUUAAUUUUUAUUUUUUAUUAGAAGACGAAGACCCGCAAAACGUUCGUAGCGGGCGGCGAGGAGAGGAGAAAUGGCUGUAUUCGCAUGGUAAGACCCUGGUUAAAUUCAUUCAGAUUCAUUGACAAAUGGAGAUCUUACACAUAUCAUGCCGUUUUAUAGAGCUGAGUCCAAGUGACUUUUACUUUCGGUGAGGUUUUGUAGAAAAUCGGAAAGCCUGGUCAAAUUCAUUGACCAAUACCAUGACCUUUUUUUUCUUGUACUUCUCAGGCUCAGGUCGAGAUAGCCAUUUCGAGAUGUUUUCAGGACCCGAUUUUGAGGAGAGUUACCCGAACAUCUGGUCCUUGCUGCCGGCUCCCGCUAAAUCCAUACUUUUUUUGGUUACGUCACGUGAAGUUAUAUUAUCACGCAAAUCAAAUUUGACAUGUUUGUAAUACCGUAAAAUUCCGAAAAAAAGCCCCUCCAUGUAUAAACCCCUCCAAGUAUAAGCUCCCCAAACCAGUAACGCAAAAAUCCCUCCGUUAAAUCACCCCUCCGAAUAUAAGCGCCCCAGAGGCUUGUACUUGGAAAAUUGUUCUCAAAGACACAGUGCGGGCGCGGAAAGUAAUGAAGGUGGGAGAGGGAAGAGAAACCGCCAGGAGAUUGGGGCGGGAGCAACUUUUUUUAAAUUAUUUUUCUCGCGGCUUCGCCGCUCGUGCGCCCAGCUCAACAAAACCGCCAUGCUAUACAGGUUAGGGUUCUAAAGGCUGCUUGCCUACAGGGUGGAUACUCGAACCGGAGCAAUUGGAAGAAGAUUAAAUAUCCAAUAACAGCGUUUUUUGAAAUCAAAAUACUUUCCAGUUAUUUUGCAAAGGACGAAUAACAAUUAAAAGGUAAAUGCCCUGUUUUGUUAUCGGUCGCUUUCGAUUAACUUUUUCUUAUGUCGUUAGAUAUGGAAUUUCCGGCGUUUGAGUGGAUACGAAUUAGCCGGAAAUGAAAUAUUUCUGCGGGACGGGAGCAGUGGGGACUGGGGCAGUUGAAGUGCAGUGUGGGUAGAAUGAAGCGCUAUAAAAGGGAUGCUUAUCACGUGGGAAAGCAUUCUGGGCCGACAUCUCGUCUAGCCCACGUUAUUAUUUAUUUAUUUAUUUAUUUAUUUAUCAUUUGAUUUAAUUAUUAAGUGACAGAUCGAGUUGCGAGAGUGAUAUAGCUUGUUUUAGUUAUUUUUCAUUUGUUUUCGAAUAUUUUUUUCAAGUUUACCGUGCUUUAUUGGAAUACAAGCUUACUAACUGUGGGCAAAGACCUGUGAGCCGUGUAGCCUUCGUAGGAUGGGCUUUUCAGAGCAUGAGCCAUGGAUCCUACCCAGAUUUCCUGCCGAGUUUUUUCCUCACUAGGGUUUUUUUUCUGGCAGGUUUUUUCUGGUCUCCGUACAGACAGUAUUCUUUGUGAACUGUCGCUCAGCUCUGUUCUAUGUUAUCUACCACAUAUUUGAAUAUAAUAGAAGUUGUAGUAUAACGUAUUGUUAUUUCUGCAGUGCUCGGCCGAAACAGCCAAAAUAAACCUAAUGGUUCUUCCGAUUCAUGUUGCACUGCGUAGUGGAUCUGAAAUAUAUGAGUUUUUGAUGGUCGUAAUGCAUUCAGCUCAGCUCACAAAACUUAACUAGUUUUGUGCGACUGCAUUGGUUGGGGUAUACCUUCCUUUUUUUUUCCCGUUGGGUUUUUUGGCGUUUAAGUGUCAGGCAGCGCACACUUACAAGAAGGACUUCCGGCUAGUUUUAUUCUGGUGACGUUAUUCCCGAAUCUUUCUUUAUGUUUUUUUUUUAUUAACAUAUUGACGAUAUGUGGUAUUCGGACGGUAAACACUCAAGCUGAUUGUUCGAGUUGCACCCCCAUUCCCAUCCACGUCUCAAUGUUUCCCGUCUUACAGGUAGUUGAUCCUUUUAGGAAAGGGUUAUACCAGCGCUGGCAGUAUCCUGUGGUCGAUUCGCUAGAACCGAGUGCUCGUUUAAUCCCUCGAGGGUUUUAAUAUGCUGUGAUAAUACCUUGUAGGUUUGUUACAUUAUACCGGCAGCAUGAUAUGAAAUUGAUGAGGCUUGUCCCAACCGGUGUAGCUUACGAGUCGGCUUGACCACUCCAGAUUCGGCGUGAUUUGUGGAUGAACGAGUGGAGGGCAGAGAGGAACUUAAUCUUCACUUCCCUGGUAAGUUACUCGCUGCCUCAGUACUAGUGAGUGAGGGACUUUAAAACAAACUUAGUAUCUGCUUGCAGGAUACUCCUCUGUAUCUUAUCAAAAACAAGUUUCCACGCGUUAGUUAUAGAGCUAGAAAUAGAAAUAUUGUUAAAUUCUAUCUGCAAAUACUAAUAAAAGAUGAUGUUGAAGUUAGAAGUUGGUCGAGAAAAAAAUCAUUCCUCCUAAUAAGUGUAUGUGUGUUAUUUGCUGGGACAAAAAAUUCGAUAUCUUAAAUCCGCCUUAUAGCUUCCUUUUAUUAAAUGGAGAAUAAAACGCCGCUAUACAGCCAUGAUAGUUGCCCAUUGAGCUAAUAGCAAUAAUAAUGAUGAUGGUGACGAUGAUGAUAAUGACGAUGACGAUGAAGAUGAAGAUAACGAUGAUGAUGAUGAUGAUGAUGAUGAUGAUGAUUGUGAUAGUCAUAUUGAUAAUGAUAAUAAUCAGGGAGCUUAA